AUGAUAUCUGAAAAGGCUCGAAAAUUUAUCGAGGAAAGUGUAAGAUUGAUGACACCGAAAGAAGUGCAAAUUUGUGAUGGCUCAAAGGAAGAAGCUGACCAACUUAUUCGACAAACGAUUGACGCUGGUAUGUUGAGGAAGUUAAAGGCUUACGAGAAUAACUAUAUUUGUAGAACGGAUCCAAGAGAUGUUGCCCGCAUAGAAAGUAAAACAUGGAUGGUAACACCAAAAAAAUUUGACACGGUGUGUCAUACAGCUGUGGGUAUAAAACCGAUUAUGGGUAAUUGGAUGUCACCUGAGCAAUUUGAGAAUGAGAAAAAUGCACGAUUUCCUGGUUGCAUGAAUGGACGGACAAUGUAUGUGAUUCCAUUUUCCAUGGGUCCAGUUGGCGGACCAAUUUCAAAAAUUGGAAUACAGGUUACGGACUCCAGUUAUGUUGUUCUUUGCAUGCGCAUUAUGACUCGAGUAACACCAAAAGUAUGGGAAACUUUAGGUGAUAAUAAUUUUGUGAAAUGUAUUCAUUCUGUUGGUGUCCCGGAACCAGUUAAAGAAAAGCUGGUAAAUAAUUGGGCAUGUAAUCCAGAGAAAACGAUUAUAGCACAUCUUCCAGCACAGCGUGAAAUUUGGUCUUUUGGCUCUGGUUAUGGUGGUAAUUCAUUGCUUGGAAAAAAAUGUUUUGCAUUACGGAUCGCUUCAAAUAUAGCUAGACAGGAAGGUUGGAUGGCAGAGCAUAUGCUUAUCAUGGGAGUAAUGCCCCCGAAUGGUAAAGAACGCUUUCUUGCUGCUGCCUUCCCUUCAGCCUGUGGUAAAACCAAUCUUGCAAUGUUGACGCCAACUCUUCCGGGUUGGAAAGUGCGAUGCAUCGGUGAUGACAUAGCAUGGAUGAAAUUUGGUAGUGAUGGUAAAUUGUACGGAAUAAAUCCUGAGGCAGGCUUUUUUGGUGUUGCACCUGGAACAUCGAAUAAAACUAAUCCAGUGGCAAUGGCAUCCUUUCAAAAAAAUAGCGUUUUUACAAAUGUUGCUGAAACUGCUGAUGGAGAAUACUUCUGGGAAGGACUGGAAAAAGAAAUCAAGAAUCCGAAAGUUGAUAUAAUCAAUUGGCUAGGCAACAGAUGGCACAUUGGUGAGGAAGGUCAGGCUGCACAUGCUAAUUCGCGAUUUACCUGUCCUGCUAGUCAGUGUCCAAUUAUUCAUCCAAAAUGGGAAGAACCUAGUGGUGUACCAAUUGAGGCAUUCAUUUUCGGCGGAAGAAGGCCAGAAGGUGUACCGCUGGUGUUUGAAUCAUUUUCAUGGCAGCAUGGAGUUUUUGUAGGUGCAUGCCUAAAGUCUGAAGCAACAGCUGCAGCUGAAUUUAAAGGCAAAGUGGUGAUGCAUGAUCCGAUGGCGAUGCGACCUUUUAUGGGUUAUAAUUUUGGCAAUUAUCUUCAGCACUGGCUGAGUCUCAAUAAUGGCAUUCAUAAGGUCCCGAAAAUUUUCCAUGUUAAUUGGUUCCGUCGUGAUACAAAUGGUAACUUCCUGUGGCCAGGAUUUGGCGAAAAUAUUAGAGUAAUUGAUUGGAUCAUAAAACGUCUAGAUGGCGAUGAGUCUAUUGGACAAAAAAGUGCAAUUGGUAUCAUACCCAAAGAAAAUUCGUUGAACCUUGAAGGUCUUUAUGAUAUAAACAUGAAAGAAUUACUGAGCAUUCCGAAGCAAUAUUGGAUGGAAGAUGUUCAGGAGAAUAAGAAAUUUAUGGCAGAACAAGUCGGGCCAGACUUGCCGCAAGAAAUUCAAAUCGAAAUGGAAGAACAGUGUAAAAGGAUUGCAGCGCUUUAG